AUGGAUUAAGUUAGAAACAUAUAUAAUUUGCCUCCAAAAGAAUUGGGCCACAAGAUGAGAAUGUAAUUGAAUGUGAAGAUCUAUCGAAAAAGUAUCCUAUCUUUUAUUUUAAAUAAUUUAACCUUUUUGGGAGAGAUGGGAAUAUUUAUGCUCUUAAGGAAAUCAAAUUAAAAUAACUUUAUGAAUUUUAUCCUAUUAAAAGGGGAGAAUUUGUAAUUAUUAGAGUUUCCUCUGGUGGUGGAAAAACAACAUUUUUAAAUUAAGUAGGAACAAUAUAUACACCUAUUAAUGGCACAAUAAGUUACUUAUAAAUAAUAAAAUAGGAUUAUUAGGAAAGGAAGUUAAGAAGUUUCCAAAAGAUUCAUAUUUGAGUGAAUUUAGGUUAACAACUAUUGGAUUUAUAUUCUAAACAUUUAAUUUAAUUGCCACAAUGACAGAGUAAGAAAAUGUUGAGUAACCUAUGAGUUCUAGCCAAAUCAGUAAUCCAUUCUUAAUAAAAUAAAGUCAGAGAAAUAAAAAAAAAAGAGUUAGACAACUGCUAAAAAGUGUUAGUUUACAGGACAGAAUGGAUCAUUUACCGUCAUAACAUAAUUAUUUGGUGAUGAAUAGUACAGAGUAGCUAUAGCUAGAUCUUUAGCAAAUUCACCUUAAAUUUUAUUAUUUGAUAAACCUAAAGGAGAUUAAGAUUCAAAAUCAACUGUGGAGGACAUGGAUACAUUAUUGAAACUAAAUAAUUUUGGCUAUGAUGAAUCUAAUCACAUUCCUUGCACUAUGGUUAUGGUUACUCAUAAUCCUGAUCUUGAAUGCCACGCUCAUGGAAUUAUUUAUAUUAAAGGUAAGAUAGAAAAAAUGAGAGAGAAUCACCAUUAAGAUAUGAAUAAUAUCUGCACUAUCUUAACAGUUAGAACUGAUUGUUAUAAAAAUUAAUUUAUGGUUGAAAUUAAUAGAAUAUUAAUAAAUCUUUAAUGA